AUAGUAUCGAUAGCUGUAGAAGACGCCGACACAUUUUUUGACAUUUUCGCAAAUUUCGAAACGAAAACCGGCUUUAAAAAUGUCAGAGGACAAGAAUGUUUGGGAUGAUAGCCUACUGAUUAAGGCAUACGAUGAUUCUGUAAAUUUGGCCCGUGAAACGCUCGCUCGUCGCAUAGCCGAUGCGACCAAUCGACGCGAGGACAACAGCAAAACCGCGGCGGAAUCGGAACCGAAUCAGGAGAAUGUGUUCCAAGUCGGCGACUUUGCCAGGGCCACUUACACAGAUGGCCUGGACUACGAGGCCACUGUGCUGUCCAUCGAUGAGCAGACACAGAAAUGCGUACUGCGCUACGUGGGCUAUGAGAAUGAACAGGAAGUGCCACUCUCGCUCCUGCUGCCCAGCUGGGGCAACAAAGCGCGUAGCGAGCAAAUCUUAAGCGCCAAGCAAGCAGAAGGCGGAGAGGAGCAUCAGCAGCUGGAGCAGGAGCAACAACGUGCAAAGACCUCCAAGAAGUCGACGGGCAAAGGAAAGCAGACAAAUCGGGGACAUUUGGCAGGUCCUUCGCCGGGUUUGGUGAUGCCACCAAUGCCACUGGUGCCGCCAAUGUUUACACCAGGCGGUGGCAUCGAUGGUGAACCAGAACAGGAUUUUGUUGCCAUGCUCACCGCUUGGUACAUGUCCGGGUAUUAUACGGGACUCUAUCAGGGCAGGAAGGAGAGCAGUGCCAAGAAGAAGACAGCAAAGAAAUAAAUGAAAAUGUUUUCACUUGCUGUAGAGAGCAAGACUCUGUUGUAGCCAUUAAGAAAGAUAUACAUUAAGAAUAUACAAAA